UCUAGAAAGAAUUCUUUAAAUAUUCGAUGGCUGAAUCGGGAGAGGGGUAACAGCACGGCACCCCUCUCUCUCAUCCCAAAACAAACCCAGGACGCAACUCUCUCUCUCUCUCUCUCCACCCACAAAUUAAUUCAGCCAUUUCUCUCCCUUCCCCAUUCUUGCCCCUAAUCCAGCUCUCUCUCUCUCAUUGUGAUUCCUUCCCGAUCUAUGUUUCGUCUAUAUUUACCCCCGCCGUCUCUCUGUAUCUGUAUACGUAUCUGUAUAUUCCACCGGAAUUCUUUCCUGUAAUCUAGCUCUCUUUAUUUAUACAACAAGUCUUACCAAAUCCCCCCACGAAUUCGCUGCUCUCUCUCUCUCGGACAGGGGUUUGGGGAAAUUGCGUUGUCCGACAUGUCACCGGCGGCUCCGAUCGAGCCGACACUGAUUAAGGAACCACCCUCCUCCUCCUCCUCACUGGCCCCUUCUCCUUCCCACGUGCUUCCCCCGGAGGAGGGAUCGAAUCGCCGUCGUUUCGCUCAUUUAAGAGGCGUCCAGUGGCGUAUAGAUUUGGGGAUUUUGCCCUCUUCCUCCUCCUCCUCCUCUCUUGACGAUCUCCGCCGCGUCACCGCGGAGUCUCGUCGCAAAUAUGCUGGUUUGAGGAGGCGCCUCUUAAUGGAUCCACGCAUUCCCAAGUAUGGAAGUGAUUCUCCUAAUCUGGUCAUGGAUAAUCCACUUUCGCAAAACCCAGAUAGUAUGUGGGGUCGCUUCUUCCGGAAUGCUGAACUGGAGAGAAUGGUUGACCAAGAUUUGUCACGUUUAUAUCCCGAACAUGGGAGCUACUUCCAGACACCAGGAUGCCAAAGCAUGUUGAGACGAAUUCUGUUAUUCUGGUGUCUUAGACAUCCAGAGUGUGGAUACAGACAAGGUAUGCAUGAGCUCUUGGCUCCUUUGCUGUACGUUCUGCAUGCUGAUGUGGAGCAUCUUUCUCAAGUGCGGAAGCAAUAUGAAGACCACUUCACCGACAAAUUUGAUGGCUUCAACUUUCAGGAAAGUGAUUUAGCAUAUGAUUUUGACUUCAAAAAAUUUCCGGAGUCUAAAGAAGAUGAGAUCUCACAAAUAACUCCACCAAUUGUUCACACUCUUGAUGAACUCGAUCCCAAUGUACAAGAUGUUGUAUUGCUAAGUGAUGCUUAUGGGGCAGAAGGUGAAUUGGGUAUUGUCUUGUCUGAGAAAUUUAUGGAGCAUGAUGCUUACCGUAUGUUUGAUGCUUUGAUGAAUGGGGCUGGUGGCGCAGUUACCAUGGCGGAAUUUUUCUCACCAUAUCCUUCAAGUGGCUCACAUUCGGGGUUACCUCCAGUGAUUGAAGCUUCUUCUGCAUUGUACCAUUUGCUUUCUAUUGUCGAUGCAUCCCUUUACAGUCACCUUGUUGAGCUUGGGGUGGAACCACAGUAUUUUGCACUUCGCUGGUUAAGGGUUUUGUUUGGGCGUGAAUUCUCACUUGGAGAUCUCUUAGUUAUCUGGGAUGAAAUAUUUGCAAAUGACAAUAGCAAAUUAAAUAAAUCUUGUAAUGGUGCUGGGUUUAGCUUUGGGAUCCUCAGUUCACGCAGGGGAGCAUUUAUCUCUGCUGUCGCAGUAUCAAUGAUACUUUGUGUGAGAUCGUCCUUACUUGCUACUGAGAAUGCUACUUCCUGUCUUCAGAGAUUGCUUAAUUUUCCAGCCAAUGUAAAUCUGAAGAAAAUAUUAUCAAAGGCAAAAUCAUUGCAGGUUCUAGCCCUGGAAGCUAAUGACUCCUCAAUGCCAUUGCUGACGCAUCCUGGUGGGGGCUUCGAGCGAAGUAUUAAAAAUGUGCAUGUGAGAAGUCAUAGCCUUACAGUGGAUUCUGUUUCCCCAAGGACUCCUCUGAGUUUGGUACCUGAGAGCUAUUGGGAAGAGAAGUGGAGAGAUAUGCACAAGGCAGAAGAAGUUAAGCAAAGUAGGUCAGAUAAAAAAAAUACAAACAGUAAAAAGGGUUGGUCAGAAAAAGUGAGGUUGAGUCUAUCUAGAACUGAAUCUGCCCCAUCCCCUUCAAAGGUUGAUGGCAGCAGCAAAAAGGACCCCAAAUUACCCAUAAGGAGAAGUUUGCUUGAGGAUUUGUCCAGACAACUUGAAUCAGAGGAAGAUGCAGAGAAAAUAGGCUGUGAUUUAGAUUCAGUGAAAAUAGGCUGUAAUGAGGAGAGGGGUUUGAGUGGCAAUGCUGGAAGUGAAGAUAACUCUUCCAUGUUUUCAGAUUCCCCAAGUCCAGAUGGCCUCCAAAAUCAAUCGGGUGGAAGUAGUGUUGCAUCCAAUCUAUCCAUUAAUGAAAAUGAUGAUGACAGGAGUAGGAGUUUUACGGAAGAUUCGUCUCCUCUUCCAGUCUCAGAUUCUCCGGCGGAUGACUUUUCGAAAUCUGGACUGAAUAAAGACUCUCUGGGAAAAAACUCAGGUAGAUUGGAUAUUCCAGAGGAUGUCUCUUUAAAAUCUGGACAGAAUGACGAUCCUAUGGGAAAACCAAUGGCAAAUUUGAAGGACCGGAAGACUUUGUCUGGUAAAUUCCACUGGCUUUGGAAGUUUGGGCGGAACAAUGGUGAUGAUACCUCAGAAAGAGGCGUAUCUGAGGCUACGAGAGCUUCCGAUGGUGGAUGUGAUCAGAAUAAUACAGCAGCUGGUUUGAUGGUGGGCGGCUCAAAUAACUCUUCUGUAAGUAGCAAAGGCGAUGCUGUGGAUCAGAAUGUGAUGAUCACAUUGAGGAAUCUUGGUCAGUCUAUGCUCGAGAAUAUUCAGGUAAUCGACUCAGUUUUCCAGCAAGAGUCUGGGAAAGUGGGAUCAUCGGAAAACUUCUCGAAAAAUGUUAUUGUAGGCAAAGGACAAGUUACAGCCGUGGCAGCCCUCAAGGAGCUUAGGAAAAUAAGCAACCUUUUAUCUGAGAUGUGAGGCUUAUAGUAUCUGUAUUCUGUACAUACAUUUUGUAAUUACUACGAUUAUUUUCGUCCCAAGUGCUAAAUAAAAAAGAUUUUCUUUCAA